AUGGUGUACGUCCGACAACGGGAGCUUCCUGCUCUCAAGGAAUACAAGUACUCGGCCGUCGACCGCUCGCUCACGUCCAAGUAUAUCCUCAAGCCGUUCUACACCAAUGUUGUCAUCAAGUGCUUCCCGAUGAGCAUGGCGCCCAACCUGAUCACCCUGACGGGGUUCAUGUUUGUGGUGGCCAACUUGAUGACGGUGCUGUGGUACAACCCGACGCUCGACCAGGACUGCCCGAGCUGGGUGUACUAUAGCUGGGCUAUUGGGCUGUUUCUCUACCAGACGUUUGACGCGGUAGAUGGAUCGCAAGCACGGAGGACGAAACAAUCCGGUCCCUUGGGAGAGCUCUUUGAUCACGGAGUGGAUGCGCUGAAUACUGGACUGGGUGUUCUUAUCUUUGCUGCGUCGCAGAACAUGGGCCAGGGCUGGCGAACGGUCGCGACCCUCUUUGCAUCUCUCUUCACCUUUUACGUGCAGACGUGGGAGGAGUAUCACACCAAGACCCUCACGCUGGGCAUCGUCAACGGACCCGUCGAGGGCGUCCUCAUCCUCGUUGGCGUCUACGCCAUGACCGGCUACUUUGGCGGCGGCCACAUCUGGCAGCAGUCCAUGCUGCGGACGUUUGGCGUGCCCGACGACCUCGGCAUCCCGUCCGCCCUCUACAACCUGUCCUUUGUGGACUGGAACAUGGUGCAGGGCACGAUUGUCUGCGCGUUCAACACGUACGAGUCCUCGCUCAACGUGAUUCGUGCGCGCCGCGCCAGGGGGGACCGCUCACGCUACGCACUCUUUGGCCUCGUGCCCUUUUUCAGCGUCUGGGCCAUGAUCGUGUCGUACCUGUACCUGCAGCCCAACAUCCUGCACAACCACCUCGUGCCCUUCGCCGUCUUCGCCGGCGUCGUCAACGCCUACAGCGUCGGGCAGAUGAUCACGGCGCAUCUCGUCCACCUCCCGUUCCCGUUCUGGAACGUGCUCGGCAUCCCGCUCACCUUUGGCGUCUUUGACUCGCUGGGUCCGUUCCUGCAGGAGCACCUCGGCUUUGGCUGGCCGAGUGCACUCGGCGACGGCGUGUAUCAGGUGGCCUUUAUGUUCAUGAUGCUGGGCCUGGCGGUUGGUGUGUAUGGCAGCUUCGUCGUGGACGUGAUUGUGACAAUCUGCGAUUACUUGGACAUUUGGUGUCUGACCAUCAAGCAUCCUUACGUCGAGGGGCAGGACGAGGCCAGCAAGAAGGCCCAGUAA